AUGAGAAUAUGGUUGCUUGGUUUAGAGGGUAAGAUUUCAGGUAGAGAGUAUCGAAUCGUAACAGUGUGAUUCUUGAGAGACCUUAGUCUCUCUUUGUCAUCGCCGUAUUCGGCGAUUUCUUUUCGGUAUUCCUACAUUAAUACUUAUCUUAGACCACUUGGUGGUCAAACUUUGUUUUGUUUCUUUUCUUCCUAUCGGUCUCGAAAUCGGGACACUCUGUAGAAGUAAUUAUCGAACUCGUCUUGGUUCGAGAAGAGUCGAAAGAACGACUAGCGACGGUCGUUGCAGCCGUCAACGUAUUUUUACGUCAUGGACUCGUAGCCAGCGCGGAAAAGCGACCUUCAGACCUGGACGUUUUAAAACUCUUCGAUCGAGCCAGUCAAUUGCCGAGGAAAUUGGUAAAUUGAUCGCCGAGGAAGCUCUUCGGCAAGCUGGAUCGUCAAGGACGAGAAUAGUACGCCUCCUUCGAGGAAACCAGUUUACCAAUUCCGCGAAAGAUCGGGCUGGAAAAACCGGCGGGAUGACGGCGAUUCGCGGAAUAGCGUCGUGCAUCUGCCUGACAGUGUUCGUCGUUAGCCACGUGGCUGCUGUCGCAUCUCGGCCACACAUUGUAUUCAUAUUGGCCGACGACCUGGGAUGGAACGACGUGGGAUUUCACGGCUCGGGACAGAUCCCGACGCCGAAUAUCGACGCCCUGGCGUACUCGGGGUUGCUGUUGGACCGGUAUUACGUCACUCCGAUUUGCACACCGUCCAGGAGCGCUCUGAUGACCGGCAAGCAUCCCAUUCACACAGGAAUGCAGCACGGGGUUCUAAAGUGCGCCGAGCCGAGAGGGCUACCACUUCACGAGAAACUUCUGCCGGAAUAUCUUCGAGAACUCGGAUACAGCACGCACAUCGUGGGCAAAUGGCAUCUGGGAUUCUACACGAAAGAAUACACGCCGACUUACAGGGGAUUCGACUCGCACCUCGGCCUCUGGAGCGGCCACCAUGAUUAUUUCGACCAUAGCGCCGUGGAAAGCCCAUAUUGGGGAUUGGACAUGAGGAGGGGGCUGGAUGCAGCCUGGGAUCUCCACGGUCAAUAUUCCACGGAUAUUUUCACGAAGGAGGCAGUGAGACUGAUCGAUAAUCACAACACCAGCCGUCCAAUGUUCCUCUAUCUAGCUCACGCGGCUGUACACUCUGGCAAUCCUUACAACCCUCUGCCAGCGCCUGACCAAGAUGUCUCCAAGUUCACCACUAUCUUCAACUACGAUCGCAGACGAUUCGCUGGUUCGUAA